AUGAAGUGUCGCACAACGUAUAACAGCAAGAAGAAGAUGGAAUUGGUGAGGUCUAUUCGCGAGGGAGGCAACAUUGAAGCUAUUGGCGAGGAGAGCGGUGUUCCAGCUCGAAACUUGUUCCGCAAGGAAAAGGCUCUUCAAAUGGCCGCACUAGCGUGGACAAGUUGCAAUUUCAACAGCAAUAUCUCAUCCGGAUUUCAGAGCUGCGGCAUUUUUCCGUUAAAUCUUGUAAAAAUGCACGUGAAGCUACUCAAUUUCCAACACAACGGAGUUUCCGCUACCGUCAAAAAGGCUUCUUGGCUGCGACACAAGGAGACAGUACAGCACGAUAUCUUGCUUCUGCCUGCUCGCCAACAAAAGCAGACGAGUGGUAUGCACCACCAGGACCAGGAGCUUUAUCAAAAGCAAUACCACGAUCACAACCACGAGAGCGAGCACAAACACGAAGAGGAACAAGGCAUGGAGAGCGAAUUGGUGCUAGUGCAGCAGCAGUCAGAAGUUGCUAGCAGUGAUACGGCUCUGUUCGAGGUGAGCUUCUAAAUACUCCGGAUUUUAAUACACCAUCUAUUUUGAU